AUGAUUUCUGCUCGCCGAAAACAGCGCUAUAUAGGUCUGCCCGGGAUGCUGAAAGCAGGGGAAUACUCGCCAAACAACCCGCUACUGCGAGGCGAACGUGCACCGGGUGAUGCUCUUCUCGGCCUCGGCGAAUAUGAACGACACCGAAACACAUUACGCAAGAUUCGACAACAGCAGUACAGGGAAUACCUUGAUCAGCAAGCCAAAAAGAAACAAGAAGAGAAAGAGCAAGCGGAGAGAGAACGCCGUGAACGUGAACAACGUGAGAGGGAAAGAGAAGAACGAGAAAGGGAGUUAGUGCAGGAGCGGGACAGAUACAGUCCGGACCGAAGGCGGAGCUUGCAACAAAUACAGAGUUCUCUGAAUGUACAGAGUUUGCAUCGAGACCAAUAUGUGCAAUUGCAACCACUUACGACCGGAAGCACUACUUGUGGCAUCAAUAAAGUGGACACCGGAGUGCAAGUAGAUGGCUUUUCACAACCACUGUCCGUUGCUGUACAAACUGAUGAUGCAGAUAUGUACCGAUGCGGCGGCGCUGGCCCGCUGGCGUGCUCCCUGUCGCAGCUGACGCAGGCGGAGCGCGAGCUGUCCCCGCGCACCGUGCCGACCAACGCGCGACGACGCAGCUACGGAGACUUCGAUGAGCGUAACUGUCUGCUGAAAAAAUGUAACCGAGACAAGUGGAGCUCCGAGCUACGUCACACCUACAUGCCGUCUAUAUUUGACGCAGAAACCAUCCGACUCAGAAACAUUCAGUCUGAAAAGGAGGCUGCUGAACGUCGUCAAUAUUAUCAACAAGAACUUAAAAACCAAAUUAUGGAGCAGCAGAGGAUAAGAGAAGAAAGGAAAAAUAGAGAAAAAAUGUUGGAGCAGGCGGAGAUGCGGCGGCUGGAGGAGCAGCUGCGCAUGUUGCGCCUGGCGCAGGAGCGGGAACACGACUCGCAACGGCUGCUUGAUGCCCAGAUGAAACACAACACAACCGAGUACAACAUUAAACGUUCAGAACUUCAGAGAGAAAUAGACAUGGAACAUGACAAACUAUAUCGUGCCAAGUCACAACCGAACAAGAAUAUCCCUAAACGCAACACAGACACAUCAAAAAGCGAAACCGUCCCCUCUAAACUACCCUUCUACUACCCUCAGGUGUAUGAACGCACGAACGAAAUACAGAAAAAGCCAUACUCAUUUAACAUACCAGACAAUUCCCUAUUUUCUUCCAACUAUGACGUUGACAGUUAUCUUAGAAAAAAUCUUAAUUUCAACAAAGAAAAAGAUUUUCUCGUUUACGAAAAAGAUGACUUUAAAAAUACAGAAACUGACAUAGAAAGGGAUGAUCUAGAAAUAAAACGCAGGCCUCCUGAGAAGCAAUUUCUUGACAAUGACUAUGUACCUAUAGAAAAUAAAACGCCCGAACUGGUACAAGUGCCUGUAGCGAAGAAAGUUAAUAAAGAGAAAAAUGUAGUGAUAGAAAAAGCAUUGGUACAUGAAAUAUCUAAUGUCAAAACAAGCCGUCCAACAGAACUGAUAGAGAAGCAACCGUCCAAAAAAGCUAUUGAAACUAUAGAUACAUUGCCAAUACCUGUUCUGAGACACUCUCCUAAAACCCAAAGUUCCAGUGUAGAAAACGUACAAUUGAGUGAAGCUAUGAAAAGAGUUGAAGACAAGUGGAAAGUGCCGGCUGUACAAAAGAACAUACUGAAAGCUUUACCAAACGAGGAGGGCAAGAAUGUCAAUAUACUGACACAGCUGGGGUCUAUCCGACGACAGCUGCAAUUGGAGCAGUUGAAAUUGGACAAAUUGUCGUCUAAAGACGACGUAUGA